CCCCCCCCCCCCCCCCGGAGCUCACAUCCUCCUGCUCUCAGGUGAGGCAGUCGGGAGAGCAAAGGUCUAACCGGAGCUGGUCUUAUCUCUGUGUUGAAGGCUGAACCGCUGGACCUGGGCCAGACCGAUACAACUAGAUGGCCGUGGACAUUAGUAAGACCGUAGUGCUGGCAGCGCUGGGCCGGCCCUUCAGUCUGGGGAUGCUCUACGACUGUCGCAACGACUCACUGAUCCCCGCUCUGACACUUUGGGAUCGGGAAGCCUUAAAGAAAGAUAAAGAUGAAAGACCCCAGCCCAAAAGUGACUUUGAGAUAGUUGCAUCUGACUCCAUCAAAGACAAAUCUUCUGCAAUGGAUGUUGAAGCUUCACUGCAAGCCAGUUUUCUUUGUGGAAUGGUUGAGAUAGAAGGUUCGGCUAAAUAUCUCUCUGAUUCUAAGAGUUCAGAAAAUCUGGCUCGAGUUACACUAAAAUACAAAACCACCACCAAGUUCCAACAGCUGUCAAUGAAUCACAUUGGCAGAGGUAAUGUGAAGCAUCCAUAUGUAUUUGAGUCAGGACAAGCAACACACGUAGUGACAGGAAUCCUUUAUGGGGCACAAGCCUUCUUUGUGUUUGACCGUGAAGUGUCACAAAAGGAAGAUCGGCAAGACAUCGAGGGCAAUCUUAAGGUGCUGAUCAAGAAGAUGCCCAGCUUGAAGAUAGACGGUCAAGGUUCUCUGAACAUGGCAGACAAGGACAUUGAAAAUGUUGACAAGUUCUCCUGCAAGUUCCAUGGGGACUUUAACCUUGAGAAAUCCCCUGUGUCAUUUCAGGAUGCAAUAGAAGUCUAUCAAAGCCUACCUAAGCGGUUGGGAACCAACGGAGAGAACGCAGUGCCUCAGAAGGUCUGGUUAAUGCCACUGAAGACUCUAGAUUCUGCUGCUGCUCAACUGGUUCGACAGAUUAGUGAUGGUUUAAUAAGGGAAGCUCAGCAUAUCCUGGAGGACCUCAGCGAGCUGGAAAGGAGAUGCAACGAUGCAGAAAGAUGCAAGACAGCCCAGCAAUUCGCACAAGUUAAGAAAAAGGUGAAAACUUUCAAAGAACUGGUUUUGCAGCAUAAACUAAAGGUCCAGAAUAUUAUGGCAAGGAAACUCCCAUUGAUCCGAGGAGGAGGAGAGGAGGAAGGUGUUCUUGCAGAGAUCCUGAAAAAAGUACAUUCUUCUCCUUUCCAAAGUGAUAAACUGAAUGAGUGGAUGGAUUGCAAAGGAACAGAAAUUAUAAUCAUCAACUCUCUGAUUGAGAAGAUGUCCAAAAUGGUGAUCGUCACAAGUCGCACAACUCUGCAGCAGGAGAUCCACAGUGCAGAUAUCACACAUGCUGUGUGCUUUGUCUUUACCUCCCUGGAAGGCCCAGAGCCUUACCUUUCAGCUCUUUCAAACUACUUGGAUGAAACCCAAACAGACAACGUGUCAUGUGAUUAUGAUGUGGAAAAGGAACAAUGGUUCUGCUCAAAUGACGUAAUGGACAAGGUGCAAGAGAAAGUAAAAGUCUUUAAGGAUUUUGCAGAAGCAAACAAAGAGAACAAAAGCAUCAGGUUUCUAACAGCUGAGAUGAGAGACGAUGUAAAGAAAGGUGCAACUCUCCAUCUCUACAAGGAUGGCUCCUUAUCCAACAACAACUUUGAACCACCUUCAAAGCCAGAGAUGAUCAUACGUGACAUAACCCAUAACAGUGUAACACUGAAUAUUUCCCCUCCCCGAGUUGGGUUGACAACUGUCACCCACUACACUGUUGAGUUCUGUGUCCAUGGAGACGAUGCUUGGCAUCAACAAAUGGAGAGCAAGGCUGGAGAUGUCACAGUGUCUGGCUUGAAGAUUAAUGAAAAGUAUCAGUUCAGAUGUAGAGCCUGGUGCGCAGUCGGCCGCGGUCCGGCCUGUGAAGGUAGCUCUUUAAUUAAACUCUUACCAUCCAGUCCUCCAGAUAAACUACAAGUGGAAUGUUAUUCUACAGAGUUAUCAGUCAGCUGGGAGAAACCAACUGAGCUUGGACGUGGAGUGGAGACCAAGCAAUACAUAUUAGAAUAUGCUGAAACAUCUCUAGAUGUGAACCCUGAAGAGUGUAUAUGGAGCAAACUAAUAUUCACAGCCAACGACUCCCAACUAGUCAAAGUCAUUCCAGGGCUGCAGCCUUCAACGCGAUACACUGUCCGGGUCAGAUGUGACUGUGGAGUUUCUGGCCUUGGCAAAGAGGAAUCAGUACUUGUGUGCACAAAAAAGCUAUCUGAUAGAUUGGCUACAUCAAUCAAAGCAUGCAGCAAAGAAAUAGAACCUGGUUCUCCUUCAGUUUUCAAGUUACCCCUGAAGAAAAACGAUAUUAGGAUAGAUGGAUGCGAGAGCUACACAUUUGGCGAGAACAGCGCAAGGCCAAAUCGCACUCUCAUGUUCCUGGGAGCAACAGGUUCAGGGAAGUCAACUAUGAUCAAUGGAAUGAUCAACUACGUCCUAGGCAUAGAUUGGAAAGACUCUUUCCGCUUCAAACUAAUCAAUGAGGAUCAGUCGAAGUCACAAGCUGAAAGUCAGACUACCCACGUAACCACCUACAAAAUCAACCACCAAGAUGGCUUCAAAGUUCCUUAUUCUCUAACCCUUGUUGACACUCUGGGUUUCGGGGACACAAAGGGAAUAGAGAGUGACAAGGCGAUCACACAGCAUAUCAGGAGUCUCUUCACCUCGAAAAAGGGAGUCUUUGAGAUGGAUGCAAUUUGUUUUGUCACCCAGGCCUCUCAAGUAAGAAUAACGGCUUCACAGAAGUAUAUGUUCGAUUCGGUGCUGUCCAUCUUUGGUAAAGACUUGGCAGAGAACAUUUGCAUGCUGGUCACAUUUGCAGACGGUCAGCAGCCUCCUGUUCUUGAGGCGAUCAAUAAAGCCAAAAUUCCAUGGCCUAAAACCGACAAAGACCUUCCGGUGCACCACAAAUUCUACAACUCUGCACUUUUUGCUGAAAAUAAAUCGUUCAGUGACAGAGCUUAUCAGGACUCCAAAUCAUCAAAAUAUCCAAAAGCAAAAGAGAUGGACGUUAACAACUUUGAUGCAAUGUUUUGGGCAAUGGGGGCCAGCAGCAUGGAAACCUUCUUCAUUUCCUUGGGACAAAUGACGACCAAAAGCCUGCAGUUAACCAAAGAGGUUCUCAACGAGCGAAAGCAGUUAGAGGCGGCUGUGGAAGGAAUCCUGCCCCAGGUACGGGCGGGGUUGGCGAAACUAGAAGAGAUCCGCUCAACCCAACAAAAGAUCGAAAAGUACAACGCUGACAUCGCUUGCAAUGAAAACUUUCAAUUUGAAGUUGAAAUCCUCAAGCCUCUUCAAAUAGAGCUUACCAAAGAGGGAGAGUACAUCAAUAACUGUCAGCAGUGUUCAGUGACUUGUCAUUACCCCUGUUACAUGGCAGACGAUAAACAAAAGUUUAGGUGUUCUGCCAUGAAGGAUGGGAAAUGCACGGUUUGCCCUGGAAAUUGUGACUGGACAGUACAUUUCCUUCAGAAAUACUGGUGGGACUACGUCAAGGUGAAGGAGAUGAGGACAAUACAACAGGUGAAAGAGAAGUAUGAAAAAGCCCUUGAGGCGAAGAUCAUAGUCGAGGAACUGAGGGGACAUCAGGAAGAGGAGGCUCUCAAUCUUCAGGAUGAGAUAAUGUCCCUGAUGGACACGUCGUCUCGCUGUAUAGCUCGGCUGAAGGAGAUAGCUCUGCGGCCUAACCCGCUGAGCACGCCAGAGUACAUCGACCUGCUCAUUGAAAAAGAGAAGUCAGAGGGCAAAGCAGGUUACCUGGAACGGAUUCAGUCUCUGACAAAAAUAAAAGGAACUGCCGAAAUCAUGGUCAAGGCUUCCAUACAGGAGAAGCUCACUGAAAUAGAGCAAGAAUACAUUGAGGAAGCAAUGAAACGAACUGAAAAAAGGGGAUUUGUUAACAAAUUCUCCCGUUGGUUUAAGAGUCACUCAAGCAGCUCUGAUGGGGGAGUCACGAGGCAGGCCAGUUUUAAGUCCGGGUUCCUCCUCGAGGUCUCAUCCCCACUGGACGAGCCUGGAACACCUCCCUAGGGAGGUGUGUAGUGGGCAACCUUACCAGAUGCCCGAACUGGCAUAGGGUUAGGGCUAGCCUUAAAAAAUAAAAAGAACAAAUGAUUUCCACUGGGGAUGGGCAACACAGUUUUUCUUGGAUUAGAAACCAAAACAUUUUAUUUGGAAGCGAUGGCAUUCAUUUUUAAUAGACAUGUGUGAUACUUUGUUUGAAUAUAACAGGAAUUAAAAAGCACAGGAUUGUUUAUAGUAGCUUUAUAUAUUAACUUCUCAGUUAAUGGCUGUGAUGGAAAAUCUACAUGUUGUUAUGUUUUUGGUCUAUCUAUGAACUUCAGUUUUGUUACUAUUUUGUGUGAUGCAUAUAUUGCCUGCCUUCUACUCUCCUUGUGGGUCAUCUAAAGUGUUAUCCUUCGAGGGUCGUGUGAUGCAUUUUAUUGCCUGCCUGUUCCUAUGUUUUCGUGUUUUGUAAAUCAUCUUCCGUGCAAUCCUUUGAUGUAUGGGCCUGUUCCUCGACCCCCUGGCUAGCGUCACCGAAGCCAGAGGGUUACAUGGCACAGCCACCACCCCCUCCAAUGGCAUACAGGGGAGCUUCAGUUGUAAAGAUUACCAUCUGGUAAACAAAGGCUUUUGGUUUAUUGGGAACACCCCCCCUCCAGAACCCAACCCAAGUGAAUAAGACUCUGAACAAUCGGUGGACUUGUCCCGAGCGUACCUUUAGAGUAUGAAGUAACACGCAACGAGAAGCUCCCAUCUGAGGCCUCAGAUUAUCGUAAUGUUUGCCUGUUAUGUUGUUUGUUGAUGCAUGUUGUGAAGUAUCUUUGUUCGUACUUUUAUUGCAAAUAUAUAUGACCAGCAAUUGCCUGCAAGUAUUGUGUGCUUUUUGCAUCUAAAUAUCUCAUCUGUCUUAGACGCAAUAUCUGAUAGAGAAAUUGCCACGACAUGGCCUUUGUUCGCUUCACCUCCUUGUUUCUGCUGUAACUCGCUAAGUUCAGGUUUGAGGUAUAUGUUUUGCCACAACUUUGUAUUGAUUUUUGAGGCAGGUAACCUUUUCCCUAUAUAUUUUGAACAAUUUCCAAAGUAAGUGUACAAAUACAAUUAAAAUAAUUAGGAUGGAUUCUCAAAACUGUGCCAUCAUCAGCAUUGGAAGUAUUGGUUUCGAUCCACCCAUCCCAAAUUUCUACAGUAGGUGUUCACAACAAUUAGUCAGUUAUUGACAUCCUUCUUUGUCUGCUACAUUAACUCAUUUUAUGCUUGUUCUUUGAUAUAAUAACACAGAUGCUGUUGAUGAAAACAGAUUGAUGAAAUUGUGAUUAAUAUUUGUUGGGUGUAAAUGUGAUUAAGAAUAUGUUAGAGGAAAUUUACAAAAGUAUAAUCAUCGCCUGUAUGCCUGCUAUAUGUCAUCUUACUCUUUAAAGAAAAACAUAAUUAAACAAAAUUAAAGAUUGAAAAACGUCUGUAUUCA